AUGCUUAUUGAAAUAAUAUUACUCUUAACUUCUUCCUCUUUUGCUCUUCUCUUUCAAGUAGACGAACUGGGAGAUUCAAUACAUGAUUGUGCCAAAUUAUUUAUAUUCGGAACACUUAUUACAGAAUUUCCUUGGAUGAUGGUAGGAAUAAUCAGUUUUUUAUGGAUUAAAGAAUUUUUUAGAACCAAAGAUACUUAUCAAUAAGAAAAACAUCAAGGAAAUCCUGCCAUCCUAAUACAUCAUGCUAGAGAAGGUGCUACAGCAACCUCUGCAGAAAAUGUACAACCUACUAUUGAAGCUGUAUAAAUCUUUGACUAUGUCACUGGAGAGAGCUAAUAUGCAUUCAUACAGAAAACUGAGAAGAGUCUAUUAACACAAUUAGGAGUUACGUUAAAGAAUACAAUUUUAUUAGAAAAGGGUCGACCAUAGGAUGCAAGUGUUAAUUCUAAAUUAAUCUCACAUAUAGAUCAAUAAAAGAGGCCUAAUACUUAGAAUAUAUCAAUUAUUUAUGAAGACAAUAGUGAAUAUUAACAAAAUUAGAUAAAACCUCAUGUUUCAAUUCCAUUUAAAAUUGGUGAUUUUGAUAAAUAGAUGGGAGAAAUUAUUUAAGCAGAAAUAUUAUCAGGAGAGUAUCCUGAAGGUGUCAAAGUUAUACAUACAAAAUUAAAGUAUGAAUAAGCUUUAAUUUCAAUUUUAAUAAGUAUCAAUUGAUAUUAAAAUUAAGUCGCAGUCAUCCCAUAAGUUGAAGGUUUGAUUUACAGAUUAUUUAAUUCUAUUCUAUUUGGAGUUGUUCUACAUUCAGCAGUAUAAAGAAAAGAAAUACUUACAUUAUCUCAUUUUUUAUACUUAAUUAUUCUAUUAUUAAGUUGUGUAGCUGCUUAUAUAUUUGGAAUAUAUUAUCAAUCUAUUAAUAUAAGAUAGUUCCUUUUGGGAUCUCUAAUAUGGUCAUUUUAACAUGUCAACCCAAAUUUAUGUUUAUUAGUAUUUCCAAUACCAACUCUUUUGUUUUUAGCAGGCUUAUGAAUACUCA